AUGACUGUUCUUUUCUCUUCAGUGUCAUUUGUUUUAUCCAGGAUGGCGGCAUGCGGGGGCACCACUAAAAAUAAGCUCACGGUCUCUAAGCCCGUCUGGGACUUCCUGACCAAAGAGGCCCCCUCCAAGCUGGUCAAGCUGAAGGAGGAGACCAAGCUGAGCAUUCUGAUCGACGGGGAGACCUCGGAGAUCUACGUGCUGCAGCUCUCCACGCCGGCCCCCGGGGCCGGCAACGGCCUCUACCUGGCCCGCAAAGCCCUCAAGGCCCUGCUCAAGGAGACGGAGAAGGAGCUGAAGAAGGCGCAGCGGCAGAGCGAGCUGGUGGGGUGCAUGGCCCUGCUGGACAAACCCGGGGGCGAGCUGCGCCCGCACGGGGCCGGCGUGGUCUCCCGGGGUCAGCAGACCACCGGGGCCAGGGCGGGGGGCACAGGAGGAGGUGGGGGGCUGGGGGGGGCGGCGGGCGGCUCGCGGGAGGAGGAGCAGGAGAGCCAGUGCCCCAUCUGCCUGGGCGAGAUCCAGAACGUAAAGACGCUGGAGAAGUGCCGGCACUCCUUCUGCGAGGACUGCAUCACGCGGGCGCUGCAGGUCAAGCGGGCCUGCCCCAUGUGUGGGCGCUUCUACGGGCAGCUGGUGGGCAACCAGCCCGAGAACGGGCGCAUGCUGGUGUCCAAGGACUCGGGGCUGCUGCUCCCCGGCUACGAGAAAUACGGCACCAUCAUCAUCCAGUACGUCUUCCCGCCUGGCGUCCAAGGGGUGAGUUCUCCCCCGCCUCUGGCCCCAGCUCUGCCGCCCUC